AUGCCAAUAGCUGAGCAAAAUGUUCCACCACUACUGGAUGUUUCUGUGGGGAUUUCUCUCGAGUACAACGACGACGUCCACGACGACUUCGUCCACCUCAUCGACAACCACACCGCCGACAACAACCACUUCAUCGACGACAACAUCAUCGACGACGUCUACGAGCAGUACUGAUACCACAUCCAGUACAAGCAGCACUACCAGCUCAUCCACUACCUCAAGCUCUUCGACCAGCUCGUCGACCAGCUUUACAACUAGAAUUUCAACAGGCAGUGAUGGAGGAACAACAACGGUUGUCGUUGUCGAUACUUCAACUCCUUCGGCGACUCGUUCGGCUGUAUCCGACUCCAGUUCCGGUGGGAAGUCUUUCUUUGACAAUAAAGGUGCUGUGGCUGGUGUUUUCACAGUCGUUGGGCUUGUGGUUGCGGUCCUUAUUGUCGUGCUUGCUACAAAUGCUAUACGUCGUCGUCGUGCAAAGAAGUUCGACGAUGAAGUGGCAGCGGCAGCAGCAGAGGCAAGUGCGUCGCCUCGUUAUCCCUUUGAUGACUACGACGAUCCUGCGCCUGGUGGUGGAAACUAUAGCGCAUACUCUGACCCCGAGAGUCACGGUACAUUAUCUCAGGCUCCGCUGACCCAUACCGGUGAAAGUUAUAAUAUGAGCGAGUUUAAUGGUGGAUACCCGUCCUACGGUGGGGCUACAGCAGCUAUGGGAACAGGCGUCAGUGCGGGAGCCGCGGGUAUUGGUGCCAGCCGGUCUUUAGCAAGGCGAAAUACCAAUCCAAACGGAGACUAUGCUGAUGUCGGAAAUGCGAAUAUUGCAGGCUUUGGCGUGAACCAGUCUUCGACGCGUUCUGCUGCAAGUCAUGCGGCGCCAUAUAACGCGUUUGCUGGUCCACUUGGCGGAUUCCCGAGUGAUCCGUACGACCCAUACACUGCAGGUAGUUACGGUAUUAAGCGUCAAGGAAGCCGUAACGGUAAUGACCUCCUUGAAGCGGCUGGAAUUGGUGCCGGCGUCGGAGCUGGUGCCGCAGCAGCAGCGAACCAUGCUCAUUCCCAGAAUACACAGCAAUCUUCGCUGGAUCGGAAGCAUUCACAGGGCACGCAACGCACGUUGUCACCGGACAACAGCAAGAGCAUUGCCACUGGUACGAGCGGUGGUACGACACAGGAGUCGUACGCUGCGCACUACCAGCCAGACUUCCGCCCUGAUGAACACCAGUAUCAGCCGCAGACGGGUGCACCGGCUGUUCCACCUGCUGUUCCUGCUGCUCCUGCCACUGAUCCGCUUCCUAAUCCAUUUGCGCGUGAUGGAGGCUCGGACGAAGAUGCGUACGGAGUCGAUAGUUAUGUUCCCGCUGGGCGGAAUUCGCCUUCUCAUGAUGAAAGUCGAAUGAGUAUCCGCGACGAAGAAGACUAUGGACGGGCCGGGAGGACGCUCAAGGUUGCAAAUGAAUAAUAAAUAUGCCACCCCUAUCUAUUUAUUUCGCUUUAUGCCAUGUUCCUUUUAC